GCUGUGGAGGGAGGCGCCGUCGGAGGAAGAAUAGACGUCAGGAGGAGGGACGGCGGAGGGAGAGAGGAAAGCACGAGAAGCGGAGAGAAAGGGAGAGCAGAGAUCCAGAGAGACUCAGAGAGAUAAAGCUAGAGGCGAGAAAUAAUCAAAGGGAGAGGGGGAGGAAAGAGACUGGGAGAGAGAGAGGGAGAGGGACGGGACUGGGAGGAGAGAUAAAGAGAAGCGGAGGGAAGGGAAGUGAGUUUGUGCGCGCGAGUGAGUGUGCGUGUGCGUGUAAGUGUGCAGGGGCGGGCGCGGGCGGGCGCGGGCGGGCGGGGGGCGGGCUCCAGGGCUCCCCUCCUCCCCAGCCCGCUGCUCUCGCUCGCUCGCCAACUCCGGGCCCCAGCCGCGGGCGGGCGCACGGCGGGCGGACAGCAUGCUGAGCCUCCUCGUCUGGAUCCUCACUCUCUCGGAUACUUUCUCCCAAGGGACCCAGACCCGCUUCAGCCAGGAGCCAGCCGACCAGACCGUGGUGGCCGGACAGCGGGCCGUGCUGCCCUGCGUGCUGCUCAACUACUCCGGGAUCGUGCAAUGGACCAAGGACGGGCUGGCGCUGGGCAUGGGCCAGGGCCUCAAAGCCUGGCCGAGGUACCGGGUCGUGGGCUCCGCGGACGCCGGGCAGCACAACCUGGAGAUCGCAGAUGCGGAGCUCUCUGACGACGCCUCUUAUGAGUGCCAGGCCACGGAGGCCGCCCUGCGCUCCCGGCGAGCCAAGCUCACCGUGCUCAUCCCCCCGGAGGACACCAGGAUUGAUGGCGGUCCUGUGAUUCUGCUGCAGGCGGGCACACCCCACAACCUCACGUGCCGCGCCUUCAACGCCAAGCCUGCUGCCACCAUCAUCUGGUUCCGGGACGGGACACAGCAGGAGGGGGCUGUAGCCAGCACGGAGCUGCUGAAGGACGGGAAGAGGGAGACCACCGUCAGCCAGCUGCUCAUUAACCCCACAGACCUGGACAUUGGGCGCGUCUUCACCUGCCGCAGCAUGAACGAGGCCAUCCCAAGUGGCAAGGAGACGUCCAUCGAGCUCGACGUGCACCACCCUCCUACGGUGACCCUGUCCAUUGAGCCACAGACAGUGCAGGAGGGCGAGCGUGUCAUCUUCACAUGCCAGGCCACAGCCAACCCCGAAAUCCUGGGCUACAGGUGGGCCAAGGGCGGCUUCUUGAUUGAGGACGCCCACGAGAGUCGCUAUGAGACCAACGUUGAUUACUCCUUCUUCACGGAGCCUGUGUCCUGUGAGGUCCACAACAAAGUGGGGAGCACCAACGUUAGCACGCUGGUCAAUGUCCACUUUGCCCCCCGGAUUGUGGUUGACCCCAAACCCACAACCACAGACAUUGGCUCUGAUGUGACCCUCACCUGUGUCUGGGUUGGGAAUCCCCCCCUCACCCUCACCUGGACGAAAAAGGACUCAAACAUGGGGCCCAGGCCUCCUGGCUCCCCACCCGAGGCUGCUCUCUCUGCCCAGGUCCUGAGUAACAGCAACCAGCUGCUGCUGAAGUCGGUGACCCAGGCAGAUGCCGGCACCUACACCUGCCGGGCCAUCGUGCCUCGGAUCGGAGUGGCUGAGCGGGAGGUGCCACUUUAUGUGAACGGGCCCCCCAUUAUCUCCAGCGAGGCCGUGCAGUACGCCGUCAGGGGUGACGGCGGCAAAGUGGAGUGUUUCAUCGGGAGCACGCCCCCCCCAGACCGCAUUGCAUGGGCAUGGAAGGAGAACUUCCUGGAGGUGGGGACCCUGGAACGCUACACGGUGGAGAGGACCAACUCGGGCAGCGGGGUCCUGUCCACGCUCACCAUCAACAACGUCAUGGAGGCCGACUUCCAGACCCACUACAACUGCACUGCCUGGAACAGCUUCGGGCCGGGCACGGCCAUCAUUCAGCUGGAAGAGCGAGAAGUGUUACCCGUGGGCAUCAUCGCCGGGGCCACCAUUGGCGCAGGCAUCCUGCUCAUCUUCUUCUUCAUCGCUUUGGUGUUCUUCCUCUACCGGCGCCGCAAAGGCAGUCGCAAAGACGUGACCCUGAGGAAGCUGGACAUCAAGGUGGAAACAGUGAACCGUGAGCCUCUCACCAUGCACUCCGACCGGGAGGACGACACUGCCAGUGUUUCCACAGCGACCCGCGUCAUGAAAGCCAUCUACUCGUCCUUCAAGGAUGAUGUGGACCUGAAGCAGGACCUGCGCUGUGACACCAUCGACACCCGGGAGGAGUAUGAGAUGAAGGACCCCACCAAUGGCUACUACAACGUGCGUGCCCACGAGGACCGCCCGUCUUCCAGGGCAGUGCUCUAUGCGGACUACCGGGCCCCGGGCCCCGCGCGCUUCGACGGCCGCCCGUCUUCCCGCCUCUCCCACUCCAGCGGCUACGCCCAGCUCAACACCUACAGCCGGGCGCCGGCCUCCGACUACGGCCCUGAGCCCACAGCCCCUGGGCCCGCUGCCCCCGCUGGCACCGACACGACUAGCCAGCUGUCCUACGAAAACUAUGAGAAGUUCAAUUCCCAUCCCUUCUCCGGGGCAGCAGGGUACCCCACCUACCGGCUGGGCUACCCCCAGGCCCCGCCCUCCGGCCUGGAGCGGACCCCGUACGAGGCGUAUGACCCCAUUGGCAAGUACGCCACAGCCACGCGGUUCUCCUACACCUCCCAGCACUCGGACUACGGCCAGAGGUUCCAGCAGCGCAUGCAGACUCACGUGUAGGGCCCGAGCCUGGCCGGGGCAUCUCUGCGGGGCAGAGGAGAAGGCUCUCACAGCUGUUCCCUGAUAUUCAGGGGCGUUGCUCGUUGUUGCUCCCGUCCUGGACCAGCCUUCCUCCUCCCACCGUGGCAGGCGGGGAGCAGGUCUCCCGGAAACACCCCGUCCCGAGGAUGGUGCUCUGUGCAUGCCCCAGCCUCCUGGGCCUGCCUUUCCCUCUUCUUCGGGAGGAUGUGUCUCUUCUGACCUGCACUCUUGCCUGGCCCCAGCCUGGGCACGGGGAAAGUGAAGGUUGCGGAGAGCAGAGGGGGCACUUUUUAGCAUUCCCUUUCUAUCUCACCCCUCUAGUCUCCCGUAAGUGGACGGGGAUCCUGUGGGGAUGAGCAGGCUUUGACCCAGGAGACAUGAAGUGUGGGGGGUGAGUGGCUCUGGCACAGGUAGAUGGAAUUGGGAUAGACUGGCCGGUCCCUCUGUCAUCUGCACUCAUACCUUCGGUGCAUCUCUCCCUCCUCGGGUUGCAGAAGGACCUUGGAUUUAUUUUAGCCCUGGCACCGAGUUCAGAUCCAGCCCUCAUUCAGAUGCCAAUCAUCCUGGCUGCCCACUGCGGACACCUGUCUGUCCGCCUGCCGAGGGGUUCCAGGUAUCUCCCGUAGCGCUGCCCUCUUUCCUUCUCUUCCGUGCUGGGCCAGCCAGAGAAACCAGGGGUUGUGGUGGAGAAAGAAAGAUCAGGAACCAUGUCCUGAUUCCCCAGCAAGACAGCUGUGUGCUACAUAGAAGUUUGCAGAACACAUGCUAGAAGGAGCCCAUCCAAGCCCCCUGCUCUCCCCAUUCUGCCCCACCUCCUGGCUUUAACUCUUGAGCCUGCCUAGGGGAGUGGUAGGGUGAGGGUGGGGGUACUAUAGGCUAUUUUUCAAAGACAAAAAAAAAAAAGAAAAAAAAAAAAACACAAUGAAAACCUCAUUUGGAAAAAAGAAGCUGUAGGGAGUCCCCCCACCCAAAUACAAGUCCCAGUGGAAAGGAAAGGGGUGUCUGUCUCCACCAGGCACCUUCCAUUACUCUUUCAAUUUCGAAGCACUUUGAAUCCAUUUUUAAACAUUCAGGUGGUGAGACCUGUCACCCAGUAGGUUCUGCUAGGACAAGGAGGGGACCUGGCUGUCAGGCUCUGCUGACCUACCCUAGGGGGAACCAGCUGGUUAGAGAGGCCACCUUCCAGGGGGCAUGGGAGAUGUUCUCUUUGGACAGGUUUGGGUUUGUUAAGUGUUUUUUUUGUUGUUGUUUUUUGUUUUUUUGUCUUGAACCAUUCAGAUUCCUUCUUCCACUUUCAGUGCCUUCAGUGUCCAGCGUUGGUGGACCGGCCCUGUUUGGGUGGCUAUGUGGGGGGCUGGUAUUAUGAGCCCAAAGUCAGUGUCAAGUGUUGCAGAAUUUAGGGGACAUGGGUGAGGGGGCUUGGAGAGGAAGGGGGUCUGGUGAGAGGAAGGGCUGGCCAGGUAGGGUCACUCGGAAGGGCACUGCAGGCAGCCGCCCACAUGCUGCCCCCAUGCCCCCCACCCCCGUACACACCGUGCACGCAUACCCGCACGCGCAUUCCGCAUUCCCAGCCGCCACCUUCUGACCAAAGAGAACCGGCGCUCCAAAGAGAACUUGUCGCCCUGCCCCAGCCUCCCCUUCCCAAGAAGCAGGGUCUGGAGUCUGCUGUUCCCCUCGCUGGGUUCUAACGGGACCAGUCCUCCGUUGCAGUUCCCAGAGUGCGCUUUGCCCUUUCUCGUGGUCACCGUUCAUUAGCAUGUUCACUUUAAUGCGUUACGCGCUCAUCAGCCACGGGCCAUCACCACCUUCGCGGAUGGGUCUGUGGGGUGACAUUCCUCGCCAUCCCCUUACUGGUAAGGACCCGCCAGCACAGGAAGGCAGUUACUCGGCUUGGAGCCUCUCGGGCUGCCACUGCACCCUCUUCCAUUUCAGCGGGGUAAGUCCUGUGGACCUGCCCGGCCAGAAGCACGGUAGAGGCUCCUGGUUUUAUUCCACCCCUUCCCCUGGAAGCUGACUCCUCCCUGUGGAGUCUUUUUAUGUGAACUCAGUAACAAGCUCUGUUAAGGAUGCAGGUUCCUGUGCAAAUUCAUGCGUAUUUUGAUGAUUUUCACAGAAGACAUGGGUAAUAUAAACGGUUAGAGUCUAAAGAUGGUGGCUUUUUAAAACGGGAGUAAACCCCCAAAAAAGACAUUUCUGUACGGGGUUUGGCCACAUUCUCUUUUUUCCUCCUUUAGUUUUAGUUCUUGGUCCGUUCUGUUGAAUUGAUGGAGAGGAGGAAGCCCUGAAGUCACUAGGUAACUCGGCUGACCCUGCAGGGACCUUUGAGUUCAGAAGCCUGACACAGAGCUACUUCCCUGUUCUCUGUUCCUUAGCACAUGACCUGGGGCCUCCUGGGUAUCGAGCUAGCACCGUGCAAGGCAAUCAAGGCUGUCUCUGCCCUCUGCAACUUGCACUGUGGUCCGAUCAGACUGAAUUGGGACCGACCAGAGGCCAAUGGAAUUGCUUUCCUGGGGAGUAGAAGAUGCCCUUGAGCUUUGAGCUUUGUUGUCUAAGGCUGGAGUCCUCCAAGAUGGUGUCUCAGUACUUGUGGUCACUUUGGUGAUCCUGACUACCUUUGACAUUCGGGGUUCUGUGGGAGGGGCCAGGGUUCAGGAGACGUGGGACGCGGUCCUGAGGCUGCUGUUUACUGAGGGACCUUGGCCUAGCUUCUUACAUUCACUGCGGCUCGUGUUCUGGUCUUUAAGGUCGCACAGACCUAGUCAUUCUUCUCUUGCUGUGCUCUUUGUGAGGUGGAGGGGCCUCCCAUCCCUGGCAAGGAUUUGGAAACAGUGACUGGGCAGGUGGAGGGAUUGGGGAGUUGAAAGGUCCUCCUCUCUUGAAAGAAGCUGUCACCAUGGGCUUCAUCCUCCUGUUCAGAAGGGUUGUGAAUGAAUUUGCACCGGGAACCCCUUGCUCCCAAACAGCAUCUAAAAGCACAUCCUACACUUCAGUGAAAUUGAUGUGAGGUGACCCUUUGGCCACUGUGCUGCUCCCCACGCUGAAUACCGGCAGUGUCGCAGAGGCAUGUCUGGCCAGGGCAGGACUUAGGGAGUCCCCUCCACUGUGCACCCAGGUUUCAGGCAACCUUCUCUGGGAAGAGGUGCAUUCCCAUGGCCCAAGGACAGCCAGCCCCACUUAUCCUGAGCAAGGCGGAGCCUGCAGACUGAGGUAUCAAACCAGAGGGUGAGGCGUGAGUGCAACUGACCCCUGUGUGCGGGAGCAAGUCAAAGGGCAGCUGGUAGAGCGAGAGGGGGUGCCGCAGUUUUUGACACAAGUUCUGGAUCUUGAAGAGCUUCUUGUGAUCCUAGGUGACCCACAGUCUCCUUGUGCAGGGCCCAAUCUACCUCCUAAAUCCCAGAUCCCCCCAAGUCUAGGUACAAAGUUUACGUGAAAGAAAAAGGAAAACAGUAAGAAAGGAAAGCGGCCAGGGUGGGAGCAGGGCUGUGCACUCGCCAAUGUCCCACUCGGGAUGAAAGAGGUUAGUCUGAUCCCCCCUGGUCCAGGCACUGUGCCCUCUCCUUGUCACAGUAGGUGCCACUUUCCUCAUCAUGUUGAGGGUGGCCUCUUCUGCCCUGGGGUCUGUUUUGCCCUCAUUCCCUCAUUAACUGAGCAGCACUCUAUUAGGAGCCCCACGUCCUGGGCUCCUUCCAGUGGGAUCAGAUGGUCACUCAGAGUACUUGAGCCAUGUCCCUGGCAAUGUUGGGCCACUUGGGUUUGGAGAAAACCCCGUUAAAACCAAGACCCCAGUUGGAUUUAACUGGCUCAUUCUUGGCCUCCCUCUGCUGGGAAGGCGGUUCAGUGCCCACUGCUGCACGCCCAAGGCAAGCCCGGCCUCGGGGACCCUGGCUUCUCUGCCGGUUUAGUGUGUGUCCUGAGCCAGGUCACCGCUCUGUGCCCCUGAAGGCCCUUCUGCAUGUGGAGGGACUCACCUGAAAGGCAUUAAUGAAAUUUCCGACCCUGGUGGGACCAGUGAGGAGGUGAUACUAGAACACUGAUGUGCACAGACCGAGGGAUGUAAUUGGAAAGGCAUUUAUUUUUGUGAAGAGGUGAUCAACUUAACACAGAAAUAUCCCUUCUCCUUGCCUCCCCCUUUACCCUCCCCCGACAGUCUGUCUCCUUUCCUGGAGGCCAGCCUCCUGAAAGGCAUUGGCCUCACUUUUCUCAGCUUGGUCCUGACAUCACAACUCUGGGCUGGUGGAGGGGCUGGGAAGAUGUGUGUGGCUCGGGACAGAUCUCAGAAUUUGGGAGAUAGGGGACAUGGAGAGGGCAGAAUCCCACUUUCCUGCAUCACUGUGAGGGAGCUCCAGGCCCUGUCCCUGGAGACAUAAUUGCUGCGCAGAAGUCACAGGCCAUACUGGGCGGUCCGGGUACAAGCUCGCCCUCAGAAAUGAUAACAGUAAUAAUAAUAAUAACUCCAUUUGCAUAGCGCUGUCACUCAUUCCUACCAGCCUCCUGUCCCCCAGUCCCGGCUUUUUGCUGGCCCCACCACUGGCCUUUGCAAGUGUUGGUGGGCCGUGGGUUCUUCUGUUCACUUGUGGGGGUCUGCAGGUGCUGCUCCCCUGACUCUGGGGAGACAGCAGUCAGGUUGCCAACACAAUCAAACUCGCGACACAAUCUUGUCAGCAAUAGUGACCCAGAGGCUGAGUGACCUCCAGUUACACCAGAAAGAGGCCCAGGGCCCUGUGGUCAUGUUUUCUACCCCAACCGUUCUUGGAAUUACAGCCUCCACUUCUGACUCCAGUUGAAUUUUCUCCACCCAAACCCCGAUAACAAAUGGAUCCAUGAUGAUCAUUAAGAGAAGAGGAAAAAAAAAUAUUAUUUUUGUUAGGACAGACCAUCGUAGAUUUUUAGCAAUGUGUAUCUGUGUGUCCCUCACACCUUUUCCUAUUCUGCCUUUUUUCAUUUUCCUUUUUUUUAAAUAUUAUGUACUAUAUUUUUAGUCUCAAACACACUAUAUAUUAUAUAUAUUUAAUUUUUUUAUAUAUAUAAAUAUAAAUGUUUUAAAAAGUA